GAGGGUGUGCAGCUCUCUCAACCUCUCUCACUCUCUCUCAUAACAACUGUGCCCCUUCUCUCGUAGAAAUCACGCCUAUAUUUCUCACAUCUCUCUCAGUGAUCAGACACAGCCACACACAUCUCCUGUCAGAUAUAUAUAAUACAGUGGAAAAAGUAUGCCAUAGCGUGUUGUAAUCAGCUAUAUGGGAUUUAAAGAAAUUUGGAAGUGUUAUUGAGCCCUGAGUCUGAGACCCUGACUAGGCCAGGACAGCCCCAUCCUUCAGGGUUUUCCCUGCACACCAGAGGCCAGGGAAAAAACAGCCUCCCUAUCCAUCAUCUCGGGCAAAAAGCCUGACCCUCGUCAGUACAACGGUACCAGAAUAACAAUACAGGUACUGAGGGUAGCGAGGCGGUACUCUUUAAAGCUCACCUCAGCCAAUCAAGGGAGGAAGUAAAGAGUCAUCUUCCAUGGUGAUCUUGAGUGGCGAGCAUCACCACUAUCGCCAACCACUCGCCAACAAACAAUCUCCAUCGGGGUGGAAGGGGGGAAGAGGAGACGGUGGAAGUAUUCGAGCCAGCCUCCCUUAAAUCGUUGUACAGCAUACCUGGUCUGCGUCCCUCGAAUACCAGUUGAUUAAACGCAAAAUGCAGCCUCAUUCGGGUGGCUUGCAGUUCCGGGAUAGCAGGAGCGAGGCAGCAGCAGCAGCAGCAGCAGCAGGAGAGCAGAGCAGAGCUGCGCAAGAACAUUCAGACAUGACAAGAGGUUAGCAGUGCUUCCAGGGCAGAGAUGCUUCCUCCAUGUUGGCUCUCAUGCAGGCUGGCAGUAGUGACCAUGUUGACAGUGAGGACCUCAGCCUGGGACACUGGAGGAGGCACGCUGGGCCACAGUGGUCCUAGAGGUGCCCUGGGUGCACCGGGCCAUGGCCACCUGGAUACUGUGGUGGGAACCAGACUGAUGGAGAGUGGGGCUGUGAUGAGAGUGGCUGCUGUGGCAGAGAGAGCCUGCUGUGGUCUGGUUGACCCUACCUCCACACCCCUCACCAGGUACUGGCUCACACGCCCACACCACCCACACGCCCACCACCGCCCACAGCCGCCCUACGCCCACAACCAUCCACAAGAUCAUGCCACCCGUGCUGUCUGCAAUGAUAACUCACCUGCUGGCUUUUACUUCCGACCGUCCAAGAGAAGUCGUCGAUGGAUCGUCUUCCUGGAAGGAGGCUGGUACUGCUUCGACCACAGUAGUUGUCAACAUCGCUGGGUGCGUCUACGAUCACUGAUGACCUCGAGCGGGUGGGCUGCUACCCGUCAUGUUGGGGGGCUACUGUCCCCGCACCCGGAGGAGAACCCGCACUGGUGGACAGCCAAUCAUGUGUUCGUGCCCUACUGCUCGUCCGACUCGUGGUCGGGGACGCGUCGGGCAGCGGACGGAUCUGGUGAGUUCUCCUUCAUGGGCAGCGUCAUCGUGGAGGAGGUGGUGGAGGCCCUGGUGCACCUCAACCUUACCCAUGGUCACAAACUUAUCCUGGCAGGCAGCAGUGCAGGUGGAGUCGGAGUUCUGGUGAACGUGGACCGUGUGGCACGACAGCUCUCCCAGCUGGGCAUACAGGCUGAGGUCCGAGCCGUGUCGGACUCUGGCUGGUUUUUAGACAACGAACCUUUCGCUCCCCGCAAGUGUGUCGACGCUCACAGCUGCCCACCGCUGGAGGCCAUCAGGCGGGGCCAGGAGCUAUGGCAGGGCAGGAUACCCGAUCGCUGCAGAGAGGAGUACCCGCUUCACCCCUGGUACUGCUACUUCGGAUAUCGGGUGUACCCGACGAUGCAGUCUCCCGUGUUCGUGUUCCAGUGGAUCUUUGACGAGGCUCAGAUGACAGCUAACAACGUUGGCAAACCAAACUCCAAGGAACAGUGGGACUACAUCCACGGUAUUGGUGAACGAAUUAGGAAGACCUUUGAGAAUGUUACGGCAUUGUUUGCUCCCUCCUGCAUUUCCCAUACUGUCUUCACCAAGAGAAACUGGGCUGGAGUUAAAAUACGGGACGUGUCUCUGCCUCAGGCGCUCUACUGCUGGGACAUCACACCAUCAGAUGCUCUUGCUGCCAUCACACCGCCUCCACGCAGAGGCAAAGCUGCUGAGGGAACGACUGGUGGCGAGGGUAGAGCAGUUGCUGGUGUUGGUGUUGGUGCUGGUGUUGGUGCUAGUGUUGGUGCUGGUGGGAGACACCAGCGCCGGCGGCACCGUACACAUAGGAACCAGGAAACAGUCAAUCAAGGACAUGGAGGCAAUGGACGUAGGAGAAAUAACCAGGGCCAAAGGAGAAAUGGAUGGCAGAAGAGUAAAAAACCUCAAAGAAAAGUGCAGGGACAGAGUAGAAACCCUAAUAAUAGUAGCAAUAGUAAAAAUAGUAGUAGCAGUGUACAGAGGAAUCACCUGGUGCUAGACAGUACUCAACAGAGAGUGAACAGUAGUUAUAAUAACAGUGGUAACAGCAGUGUUAACAGUGAACCGUCUCAGGACACAAACAGACCAAAUAUUCUCAGCAGAGAAAUGCUUGCUGACUCACCAAAGAACAGUGUGCAGGUUGACCACACUCCUGACUCGCCAUAUUUACUACACUCAAAUUUCAUCGACACACCUCAGGAAAAUGGUCAUAUUGUCCAUACGGAAGAAGACUUACAUGACAGAAGUGACAGUCAAGCCUCCGAAAGACGUACACGGAGAAAAAGAAAAAGAAAAAAGAAAAAUAAACGAGAGAGAGAGAGAAAGAAGAGAAAGCGGGAAAGAAAACGUAAGAGACGUGAACGUAAAAGAAAACAAAUGGAAAGAAGGAAGAGGAGAGAGAGAGAAAAAGGUCAAGGAAGGAGAAAAUCUGCGUCAAGACGACAUAGUAGAAGCGUCAGCUGGAAGGAGAGGGAAGGCUUAACUGAGGUUGGGGAAAGAUAUGUUGAUGGAGUGAGGAGCGGACGUUCCCUCUCCCUCCUGCACUCCCAACAAAGUGACCUCCAUCACACUGAACCCGUCACAACCGCAGCCUCUCCUUCGCAACACUCACCCACCAACCGCAACACACACUCCCUCGCAACACAAGGGUGGCCAAGGGAUACAUCUCGUCCGGAGGAUGAAUGGACAGAGGAUAUGUGUCCCAGCCAUCCAUUACACCUCACAGAUCGCUGUACCUGGCCACAUUGUAACUACGCUUGUCCCAAACUAUUCAACCCUUUCACAGGAGAGGAGAUGAACUUCGUCGAGCUGCUGAAGAGUUUUGGUCUUGACAUGACAAGUGUAGCCAAGACUCUGGGUAUUGAUAUCCAUACACUUAAUUCCAUGGACAAUUCCGAAAUACUGCGCAUUCUCACACAGUAGUGUAUAGUGUUGGAUUCCUCAGUAUAUAGUGUUGGAUUCCUCAGUGUAUAGUGUUGGAUUCCCCAGUGUAUAGUGUUGGAUUCCUCAGUGUAUAGUGUGGGAUUCCUCAGUGUAUAGUGUUGGAUUCCUCAGUGUAUAGCGUUGGAUUCCCCAGUGUAUAGUGUUGGAUUCCCCAGUGUAUAGCGUUGGAUUCCCCAGUGUAUAGUGUUGGAUUCCUCAGUGUCUAGUGUUGUAUUCCUAAGUGUAUAGUGCUGGAUUCCUCAGUAUAUAGUGUUGGAUUCCUCAGUGUAUAGUGUUGGAUUCCUCAGUGUAUAGUGUUGGAUUCCUCAGUGUAUAGUGUUGGAUUCCCCAGUGUAUAGUGUUGGAUUCCCCAAUGUAUAGUGUUGGAUUCCCCAGUGUAUAGUGUUGGAUUCCUCAGUGUAUAGUGUUGGAUUCCCCAGUGUAUAGUGUUGGAUUCCUCAGUGUAUAGUGUUGGAUUCCUCAGUGUAUAGUGUUGGAUUCCUCAGUGUAUAGUGUUGGAUUCCUCAGUGUAUAGUGUUGGAUUCCUCAGUGUAUAUUGUUGGAUUCCUCAGUGUAUAGUGUUGGAUUCCUCAGUGUAUAGUGUUGGAUUCAUCAGUGUAUAGUGUUGGAUUCCUCAGUGUAUAGUGUUGGAUUCCUCAGUGUAUAGUGUUGGAUUCCUCAGUGUAUAGUGUUGGAUUCCUCAGUGUAUAGUGUUGGAUUCCUCAGUGUAUAGUGUUGGAUUCCUCAACAGUAUCAGUAGUGAGAAAGAGAUAACGUGUUGCCAAUAAGAAUGUCAACGAAAACAUAAGCUUCAGAACAGACUUUUUGGAGGAUGACAACGUUUCUCUCUGUUUAGAGCUUGAUCAAGCUCUACAUAGAACGAAACUUUGCCUCAAUUAAUGCUAGUUCUGCAGCUGACGUUCAUCAUCAGCGACACGCAGAGAAAUUCCAAGUGUAAAUAGUACUGGAUCCCAAUACCUGGAGUUCUGAUCCUUCGUUAAACGGAGCGGAAAACC